AUGGCGGACCAUACUAACCUCACUCCACCCAAGCGGACGGGAACGGCUGAUCCAGGCGCCAAAGACCUGGCCGAGUCUUCUGACGACGAUCACUUCUCCGACGCCCAGUCCGCGCCCGAGACUUCCCCCAAGUCACCCAUCCCGAAGACGAGGGUAGAGAAGGUUGACGACGAGCCGUCCUACGGCGAGGUGCCAGGAACAGAAGCGUACCGUAAGCGGGAGGAGGACGCCGAGCCUGAUGAGAUUGCCCUGGUCGAGGACAAGAAGCUGGAGGCUCUAGAUGACGGCGCGCCCACCACUUCCCCCGGCGGGCAGCCGAUCCCCCUGACUGUCGUCGAGGAGUCUUCGGGCACCACUGGAGAGCACUCUGAGGAGUUCCUGGAGAAGCGGAAGGCUGACGCCGAUGCGGACGUGGUCGUGAAGCCAGAUGGCCAGACUGAGGAAUCCAACAGUACCGACUCCCCCGUACCUGCGGCUGACGUGUCUGCUCCCACAACACCGGCCGUCGAGCAAGCUGAUACAUCUUCACCCCCGCCCGGCUCGCCAGACACUGUAAUUCUAGACUCCCAUAAUGCGCCUGCGGCAGAUUCCGAAUAUUUGGUCCAAGCCACAGAGUCUACAGACGCAACGCCGGAACAGCCAGCAUUGAAAGUGCCGCCGCCGAAAGCGGAAGACGACGACGACGACGAGAAUGACGACGGCGACGACGACGCAGAUUUUGGGGAUGAUUUCGAUGAUUUCGAAGAAGGCGGAGAAGAUGCCGAUUUCGACGACUUUGAGGACGGCUUCCAGCAGGCCGAGACUCAAGUGUCUCCAGAGCCAGCGGCGCGUGCCCCUCCCCCAGCAGUGCCGCUGGCUACGUUACCUUUCCCUAUACCUGAUCUUGAUGACCUGGAUGGCGAAGACAUGUCCGACGCUCUCGACAAUUAUCUCCACUCUCUGUUCCCCCCAGCUGAACUCGACCUCCCUACGCUGCCGCCGCUCUCCCGGGACAACAAUGUGUUCCUUUCAGAACGUAGCGCCUCUCUGUGGUCACAGCUCGUGGCGCCCCCGCCAGUUUCCCCCCCAGACUGGAUCCGCUCGAGAAUCCGCCGCCUCUUCCUCGUCUCUCUCGGCGUCCCCGUCGAUCUCGACGAGAUCCUCCCGGCCUCGAAGCAGAAGAAGCUCAUCCUCCCAUCGCUGCACCGCAAGACCUCGAACGGCUCCUUCCGCACCUCGUCGGAAUCACGCUCCGUCUCCCGCGUCCGCCAGUCCGAGGCCAACGCUUCGACAACCAGCCUCGACUCGAGCGGCAACGCCAAGCGCCCGACGAGCAUGAGCCAGCGCAAGGCCCCCCCGCCGACACCGGAGCUGGACCUCGUCGCCGGCCGGCAGCUGGCGACGACGACGGAGGAGGCUCUCAACGGCAUGACGGACGACGAGCUGAAGACACAUAACAGGAAGCUGGAGGCGUUGGAAAACGUGGCAAAGGAGGUACUGGAGCACUGGACGAAGAAGACGGACGAGAAGAUUGGCGACAGGGAGGCGUUUGAAGCUGUCAUUGAGAAUCUGGUCAAGCAUGCGCAGAAGACAAGAAAAUAG